AUGGCGCAUGUGUUUGGUGACAAUGAAAAGGAGUACGACUUUGGCUACGUGUACAAGGUCUCCGGUCCCUUGGUAAUUGCUGAGAAUAUGCAUGGUGCUGCAAUGUAUGAACUGGUCCGUGUGGGUCAUGACAAACUCGUAGGCGAGAUUAUCAAGUUAGAAAACACUAACGCGUCCAUUCAAGUGUACGAAGACACGUCGGGACUAACUGUGGGUGACCCUGUGGAGCGUCGUAAACAGCCGCUGUCUGUGGAGCUCGGUCCUGGUAUUGUGGACAAUAUUUUCGAUGGUAUUCAACGUCCUCUGCACGCUAUCAGUGAUCUCACCAAGGACGUAUACAUUCCUCGUGGUGUGGAUGUGCCCUCGCUGAAUGCUGAUAAACCAUGGCGCUACAAGCCCGUGAACUUUCGUGAGGGAGACCCCAUUUCAGGUGGCGACAUCUUCGGUCUUGUCCAUGAGAACGACAUUUUGCACUCGCACAAGAUCAUGUGUCCACCUAAUAUCUUUGGUACGGUAGUCAAGAUCUACGGUGCUGAUACCGACAAUAAUGAGCAGUUUACGCUCAAAGAUACGGUGCUAGAAGUGCGUAACGACACGACUGGUGUCACGCACAAGCUUGGGCUUUCGCACAUGUGGCCGGUGCGAAAACCGCGUCCGGUUGCAGAGAAACUGGCCGGCAAUGUCGCUCUGACGACAGGUCAGCGUAUCAUUGAUGCUUUGUUUCCAUCUGUGCUUGGCGGAACUUGCGCUGUGCCCGGUGCUUUCGGCUGCGGUAAGACGGUCAUUUCGCAGGCCCUGUCCAAGCACUCUAACUCUGAUGCAAUUGUGUACGUGGGUUGCGGUGAGCGUGGUAACGAGAUGGCCGAAGUGCUGAACGAUUUCCCCGAGCUAACAAUGACUGUUAACGACUGCGAGGUGCCGAUUAUGAAGCGUACGACGCUGGUGGCCAACACCUCGAAUAUGCCUGUGGCUGCCCGUGAGGCUUCGAUCUACACUGGUAUCACGCUGGCCGAGUACUUCCGUGAUCAGGGCAUGAAUGUGUCGAUGAUGGCUGACUCCACGAGUCGUUGGGCUGAGGCUCUGCGUGAAAUAUCGGGUCGUUUGGGUGAAAUGCCUGCUGAUAGCGGUUACCCGGCCUACCUGGGUGCUCGUCUGGCUGCUUUCUAUGAGCGUGCUGGUCGAGUGUCGUGUCUGGGUAGCCCGAAGCGUGAGGGCAGCGUUACUGUCGUGGGUGCCGUCUCGCCACCUGGUGGUGACUUCUCCGACCCUGUGACGGCGGCUACUCUGAGUAUCGUCCAGGUCUUUUGGGGUCUGGACAAGAAGCUGGCUCAGCGUAAGCAUUUCCCGUCCGUAAACUGGCUGAUCAGUUACACAAAGUACAUGCGUGUGCUGGAGCCGUUCUUCAACAAGAUUGAUCCAGAGUACUCGAUGCUACGUACGAAGUGCCAGGAGAUCCUGCAGAAAGAGGACAACCUGACUGAGAUCGUGCAACUUGUUGGUAAAGAGUCACUUUCUGAGGAUCAAAAGGUGAUUAUGGAGGUGGCAAAGAUCAUCCGUGAGGAUUUCCUGCAGCAGAACGCCUUUUCGAACUAUGAUUAUACAUGCCCCUUGGUGAAGAGUGUGGGCAUGCUACGAUCGAUCAUCCUGUUCUACAAUCUAAGCCAGAAAGUAAUUGCUGACUCUCCACCCGAUGCAAAGGUGACGUGGGCACAGAUCAAGACGUCCAUGAACCCGGUGCUGCAGAAGAUUAUUCAGACGAAAUUCCAGCUACCUAAGCAGCCGGAGGCUGAGCUCAAGGCCUUUUUUAGUGGACUGGACGAAGAAGUGGAGCAAGCUUUUCAGACGCUUUCGGACUAG